AAUACCCCUGAUCAACAGCCAAAAAAGCAAAAAACUCGGCUUCGUUACAAUUGGAAGGAUUGUCGAUAUAACGCCGCGUUUCUAAAUAAACUGGAGACGCAUAUUCGCCAACAUCAAAAAUAUCCGAAAGGGGAUUACUCGUGGGAAGGGGCGGAAAAUGAAAAAAAAAAGAAACGUCACGUUUGGAAAAUUUACGAGAAAUGGGCGGCUCAAAACAACUACUUUAAUAUUGGGGGAUAA